AUGAAGUCGUUUCAACGCCAUCUUUCUUGUCGGCAGCCGUCUACACAAACAUGGCUCCCAGCGGCAUCAGCGAUUGGGCGAGCAGUUUCACCCAUCGUGGCCAAACCAAAGCGAACUCAUGCUAUGCAACAACGGGCUUGCUGGUAUUCAUCAUCCGCCAAAGGCUGCUCAAAUAGGAAGCCAAUUAUCCGCACAGCGAAUCCAGGAGCUCCAGUGUCAAGUAUUCGUGCACAGCACACACUUCCAGCUCGUUCAGUCGACAAAGGCAGACUCCUUGACAAGCGCCCAGUGGCCAGACGACCAAGGAUCCACACCAGCUUCGAGCCUGUGACGGGCACUUGGCAGUAUGUCGUCGCCGAUCCAGUUACAUUGGAGGCUGUCAUCAUAGAUCCGGUCUUGGAUUACGACCCAGCCACUCAAAUGGUCACGACCACAUCGGCGGACUCGUUAUUGGCUCUAAUCAACGAGAUGAACUACCACAUUGCUCGCAUCCUGGAAACGCAUGCCCACGCCGAUCAUUUAACGGCAGCAUCAUACCUCCAGAGCCGCCUUGCUAAGCAACAAGAGCAAAAGCCUUUGAUCGGAAUUGGCAAACGCAUCACGCAGGUGCAAACUUUGUUUGGACAGAAGUAUGGAAUUUCUCCAGAGGAGUACGAGAAAGUGUUUGACACACUCUUCGAGGACGACGAGGCGUUUGACAUUGGAGAAUUGGAGGGCAUAGCUAUGCAUCUUCCAGGGCAUACUCCUGAUCACUUGGGGUAUAAGAUUGGAGACAAUGUUUUCUGUGGUGAUUCGAUCUUCCACUCCGAUAUAGGCACAGCUAGAUGUGACUUCCCGGGGGGUAGCGCCAACACUCUCUACCAAUCUAGCCGGAGGCUGCUCGAGCUUCCCCCACACGUCAAGAUCUGGGCCGGACACGACUAUCCUCCCGAAGGGCGUGGUGAUCCUGUGCCUUUCUUGACUGUCGCUGAGCAUCGGGAACAGAAUAAACAUAUUUCGGACGGCAUUUCAGAAGAGGACUUUGUGGCAUUACGCACAGCACGGGACAUGCAGUUGGCGGAGCCGAGGCUGCUCCACCAGUCCUUGCAAAUCAAUAUUCGAGGAGGUCGGAUGCCGAGUCCCACGCAAGCCGGCCUGCGUUUGUUGCAUCUUCCCAUGAAGCCAAGAGGUCUUGCCUGGGGGAAGUUUCGGACCAACGAGAGUAUGAAACCCCGAUCCAAUUCGCUCAAGUCAUUUUGGGCUCCCUCGGAGGCGUUCUGUUGGGCGCUCUCAGCCUUGGGAGUCUUGGACCCUUGCAUUUCUCCCCGUACAGCUGCGGCGGGGAAACCUCUUGCUCCUCAACCCUCCAUCAACCAGACAGCUUCUGGGCACCACAAUCAGAGCAUCAUGGAAGCACUCAGCGUCGCCGCCAACAUUGUGGCGAUCAUACAGAUUGCGGAUCGCGUCAUCGACUUGUGCAGAUACUACCUUGGCAGUAUUCACGAUGCGCCCUCAGACCUUCGUCUGAUCCUGCUUGAGGCAUCUGCUGUUCGGACAAUACUCGACAAUAUUCGGUUCUUGAAAGAAAGCGGCCAUGCCCCUGGGACGUUGACAGAUCUUGACGGCGCCCAAGGACCGAUCCAAGGGUGUCGUAAAGCAGUCUCCGAAUUGGAGGCGUUACUUCCACGACGGCCUGCUACUGACGCUGGUCCCCAGCGCAAGAAGACCAAAGUAGAAGCGGCACUUAAGACAAUCGCCUGGCCUCUGCGGCAGAACAAGGCGCGAAGGCUCCUUCAGGAGUUGUCAGAGUACAAAAGCACCAUCAACACAGCUCUCACGAUUGAGCUUACGCGCGACCUGAAGGAUGUGAAAGAGACAGCCCACCGGAUCGAGGGUGGGUUGACAGAACUCCAAGAAAACGCGGUGUAUGAGUGGCUGCGCGACAUCGAUCCUACCUCUCUACAUCAUAAGGCAUGUAGCCAGUACGAGCAAGGCACAGGCAAUUGGAUCUUGCGGUCGGACGCAUUUGGUACCUGGACUUCUGGAAAAUCCCGAUGCAUAUGGAUUCACGGAAUCCCUGGCGCCGGCAAGACUAUUCUUCUCUCCCACUUGUAUGACGAGGCGGAGAAACAUAAUCGACAGAGAGCCUCACAGCACAUAUGUGUGUACUACUACUGCUAUUUUGGUCACGAUAAAGACGAGGCAGCGCCUUUCCUCAAAUGGAUCAUCUCGCAAGUCUGCCGCACCACCACGAUGCCCCGAGCUGUGUUCGAACUUUACCGACGGGGCAGACAGCCGUCCAUAUCCGAGUUGCUGGAAGUUGUGGAAGGGAUUCUUCGCGAUGUCCGCAGACUUGACAUCUAUUUGGAUGCUCUUGACGAAAGCACGCCUCGGACCAACCUGCUUCGAGUCGUACGUGACCUCGUAACGGACGCACGCUUCCACAAGGUCUUUCUCUUGGCAUCUAGUCGCGAGUACGUCGAAAUUGAAGAUGUCAUGAGCGAAAUCUCCCUAAAGAUAUCAAUGAAGAACCAUCUCCUCGACGAUGACAUCAACCUAUACAUCCGAGCAAAGCUUUCGAGCCACCCGGUCCUCCAACAUUGGCCAGCCCAGAUUCAGACUGAUAUUUACCAUACGUUGUCCAAAAAAGCCCAAGGAAUGUUCCGAUGGGUCGUCUGCCAGCUCGACGUGUUGUGUCGACUCAGGUGUGAUGCUGGCAUUAUCAAAAGCGCACUGUCCAGCCUGCCACAAACACUCGACGAGACGUAUGAACGAGUAUUCUGUGCCAUACCACGGGACGCAAUUUCUUCUGUGCUUCUUGUACUAAAGUCUAUCUUCUGUGCAGGGGAACUCCCCUGGUCACGCCUCGACCAAAUCCUAUGCUACAGCAGCCACCGACCGGGAAAGGAAACUUUUCCUUGUCUAUAUACAACCGAAGCCAUUAUCGACCUUUGCGGUUGUCUGGUCACGGUGCAUCCCGGUGAUGAUUCCACGAGCAAAGUUUCCAUAGCACACUACACAGUUUGGGAGUACGUUGUUUCUCCUCGUAUUCUCGAAGCUCGCGCGAAAAGUUUCUACGUGGAUGAGGAAACGGCAACUGUGGAAUGGUGGAACUUUAUUCUGGCAGUUUUGACUGAUGACAACCCGGCUGUUGAUCAUGUUCCAGCCAGGCAUGACGUGGGAAAUGCAUCUCAACGCAACUUUGUCUCCCUUUACGAUUGGUGUGCCCUUUAUUUUGAGGGUGCCUUUCUGAUGGUGCGUCACUUCUUGCCAUACUCAGCGGAUUCAGACCGGAACAAACUUUCAGCACAACUUAUUGGCGAAUUUCUUGACGCUUCUGGAUCACCGUUGGAGAGGUUCAUAGACCACAUGCAUACGCACUACAAAUCCCGCCUCGAAUUGUCAUUUGAAUGUUGCAUAUAUCGAUAUAUUUCAGGGUCACUUGAACUUUUGACGUUCUACAAUUUGCUGGCCUUCUACAAUUGCAUAGACGACUCGUUCCCCCCUUGGACUCUAUUCUUUCCAAACCAUACGGACGACAUUGGCGUCUUUAGUGCUCCGGUUGAAAUACUUCUGCCUCUGCGAUACCCCGAAAAAGGUCCCUCUGGCCCCUGGGCGAAGGUGUCCGGGACUAUUCUCGACAUCCAUGCUUAUCAUGUCUUCGGCGGCUGCUAUGCCCCAGUUGGAGAUUGGAUGUCACUCAUCCCUUCCUAUGCCGAUCUGACUACAAUGGUCCGAAUUGCUACAGGACGGCACAGUUCUAGACACUGCACAGAAAUCGGAGGUCAUCCCAACGACAUUUGCCAUGAUUUUGAGAAGCUUGUUAUACAUGCAAAAGCUCUGCCUGGAGAUACAGCCGUCACUCCAUUGCAGAUGGCAGUUGCAAGACGGGACCCAACUGCAGUCAAGCUUUUCCUUCGUGCUGGAGCCGACCCGAAUGCGACUGGAGAGUGUACCGCGAUGCUUUCCGAACAAGGCUCAUUCUUGGCUUUGUUCGAUCACUUGCAUGGAUUGAGCCCUCUUUACAUCUUGUAUAACAUGGAAGCCAUGACUGAAGUGCCGGCCUGGCUUCAAGAGGAGGACGACGACGAGGAGGAGGACAACGAGAAGGAGGAUUUUGAGACCGGCGUGGAGGGAAGGAUUGAGCACUAUCUUCUAGAGAGCGGGGCUCUGGAGUUGAAAGCACAUUGCAGGACGAGCAAUACGGGGCAACAGAUUCCGCCAGAUCCGGCCGGUGGUGACGACAUCGCGCCCCCGCCCCGCCCGCCGCCGUUCCUGAGGCCUCACGAUGCGGCGUACCUCGCCCACCAGGGCCAUCUGAAUGUCCACCUGCCGCCCCAUCUGCAAGACCUGUACGACCGGCUAUUCGCCCUCUGCGACGAGUUCUUCCGCCAGCCCGACGAGGAAAAGGCGCGGCCGUACCCGUGCACCGCGCCGAGCCCCGCGGAGCAAGGGUACUGCCGCCUCGAGGGCGAGAAGCAGUACAUCACGCUUCGCCACCUCUACGGCCCCGUGUCGGAUGCCUCGUCGCCGCUGAACAAGACCGUGUCCGAGGUGUGGCGCGAGACAGUCGCGUUCCUCAACCGCGUGCUCGGCGACAUCAGCGACCUCCUGGGCAUCUCGCCGACGGCGUGGGAGGAUCAGAUCAUCGACAGCCGGGUGCUGCCGUCGAGCAAAGAGGACUCUUCGCCGUCGAUGAUGCGCCUCUUCAGGUAUGAGCCCGAGACCGGCAUCGCAGACCCGCACCGCGACCUCGGGCUCUUGACGCUGUGCGUCUGCCGCGGCAGAGGACUGCAGGUCUGGGACCGGGACGUCGUGCUCGCCAAGACGGACGCGGAACUAAGCAGCAUGAGCGAGGAGGAAAAGGCGGCGUUCAUCGAGGCAGAGCGGGCACGGUUCUGGAAAGACGCGGGGGCUAGUGCCUUGCUGGCCGGAGAUUCGCUGCGCGUCCUCAGCGGCAACCGCAUCACGGCCGGCAUGCAUCGCGUCGUCGGGACAGAGGCCGGCAGAGAUAGCAUGGUGUUUGCGCUGAGGGCUACGAGCAAGGGGACCAUUGAUCUCGAGAAGUUUGGGGGCUUUGGGACGGUCGACGCAAAGGCGCUGUGGCACGGCAUCAGCCACAAUAGGUUCAACGUGAAUCUUAGGCAGGACGUCAGAGAUAGCCUGCGGCAGAAGUACAAAGCAUCUAGUCAAGCAAUCGCCUAG